CCCGCCCCGCGUACUGUGGGACGCGGCGGGGGCUGAGCGCCCCGGAGUGCAGGGCCCUCCGCACGUGCGCACCCCGUGGGGCGGGGAGAGCGCCCCCUCCCCCCGUGUCACCCCUGGGCAGGGGGAGGAGGUAGCCCUGAAACCUGGUCCGCGUUCCUGGAAAGGGGCUUAGUUACGCCCGCCCGUACUGUGCGCUGGGGCCGGGGAGGCUCCGCUAGUGGGGGCAGAGCCCCCUUGAUAUUGCAGCCCCCGUUAGGGGGCGGAGUCCCUCUGGCUGGCAUCCCUGCAGACGCGCAGGCCUGCUCUGCACGACGUAGCCCUGGCUCCUCUCCCCACCUGGUUACAUGCGGAAUAUACGUGUUGGAUGAACCAAAUGGCUCCAAAAGGCAAAAUAAACAAAAAGAAAUACAAGUGCUGCCCUUGUUUAUCAUCACCAUCUUUGCAGGAAGAUGCCCCUGGAGAGCAGCUUACACAGUUUGAACCAGCUGAGGAAAUUAAACUUUUAUAUCAGUUUGGAAGCUAUCUGGAUUACAUAGAAACGCCCAAAAAAGGUCAUAGCAAAGUGAAAGGCAAAUCCAAAAAGCAUGGAAGGGAAUGGAAGACACGGGAAACUGAAAAGAAAAAUAAGCCUGAUCUCUGCAAUGGAAAGGGAAAUGUGCAUUUAUGUGAAGAAAACACUGCUAAUGAUGUUAGUCUUAAAAAGAAUAAACAUACUACAGCAAAAAGUCAUUUGGAAUCAACAAAAAGAGAUUUUUGCAAGAAGCAAAACUCUAUUAUCCCUUGGCCUUUUGUUGAAAAAAAAGCAAAGAAAAUAAAGCGUCUUCAGGAUAAAGUAGUAGUUGAUGGUAAUGAAGAGAACUCUAGAGAGGUAAAUCACAAACAAUAUUAUAAAAAUUCUAGAACAGUGCAGAAGAGUAAUACUCAGGGCAAACAAAAAUGUCUCUGCCUUCCUUCAUCACAUAAUUCUUUUGCAACUGAGAAUGGUAAACAUAAUGAAUUAAGUUGUAGAAACAGUUCAUGGUCUCAGAUGGCUUGCAACAGUGAAGGUCUUGAUUCUACUGUGCACUAUUUUAGUGGUGGAAUCAUAGCAGGUUUUAAAAAGCGUAGGAAAUUGGAUAAGGAAGUCCCUGUUGGCUGUUUUCUAGGCACCAACACUACUGAAAUAAACAGCUGCACUAGUAGCACAGAGCCUCUUUUGUCAUCUAGUCCAGCAGCUCUGGAGAUUAAAACUUAUGACUCAGAAGAUGAAUUCAAUGUGGAAACCCUGAGGGAUAAGGCAGCUUCUCAUAUGAACUCAAAAACUGAAGCAAUAUGCAGCAGCGUUGAUCUUAGUCAAGAGCUUUUUAUAACUCAGAAGUCUUUUUUACCAGUGCAGAUUCCCAAUAAUGGCAAUACCUACUUAUCCCUUUACAGUCAAAGCCAUGCUAAAGAUGCCAGUGUAGAAAGAAGUUUUAAACAAAGAAACUCUACAGAUACUUUGGAACUUUGUCAGAUGUCUUUGAACAGAGAAACAUGUGAUGAAUGCAGUGAAUUUUCUCAAUGCGGUUUGACACCAAGUAGGGGUAGAAAGUCAUCAACGAGAGAGUGUGCAAUUCAGACAGAAGACUUUUUCAGCUCUCCAGCACUUGCUUCCUCUUUAAUAAUAAAAGAGAGAUUUACAAAUUGCCAUGAACAACCACUGGACCUCAGUUUGCCUUACCGAAUUAGAUCAAGUGUUGAGAAUGCAGGAAGAUUGUCCUUCAAGGGUGCAGGUGAUGGUGUUUAUGUAUCUUCCAAACACACAUUAGAGCCUGUGUGUCAUAUAGAAAAUGAUCCUGCUGGUCCAGUGUUUGAGGAGGAAAGGGAAAAUCAUGUGUUCGCCCAAUCUCAAAAAUCAGAUGAGGUGAAAUACAUUCAGAUGCUACUUAAUUCAUCCUAUUUCUUUAAAGUGAAAGGUGAUUCAGAUAAUAUAGUUUCUGGAACACAGUUAGUGAAGCCAAAGUUAGGAAACAAAAAAAAAAGAAUAGCUGUAGAAAGAACAAGACAGGAGAAAUUCUAGCUGAGAAGGGUAUUAGUGCUACAUAGGUGAAUAAAUAAAUAGUGUCUGUAUAGACACAUUCAUUAUAUUUUCUCAAAAUGAUUUUUCAUUUAAAAAACUGCUUUAUUCAUUAUUUCA